CUGAACCCCAAAGGCCCAAACCAACUCUUUAAAAAAAUAACAAAAUAAGAUCUUAAACCGAAAUCCGACCAGGGGCAAAUCCGACACUAUUCAAGGAAACGAGACACCAAAAUGUACUUAUUUACCGUACGGGCGGAGUAACACUGGACAAUUAUCCAUCUUCAUCGCCUUACUGCUGCACUUCUGUAGUGAAACUGAAGAGAAAUCAAUUUUGCUGGAAUUUUAAUAAAAUGGCGAAAAUUCAAGUUUUCGAAGAUGUUUAUUGUAAUGGCUGAUUGUGGACUGGCGCACUAAGGCGCACAAGGGUCAUGGAGCCUAGACGCAAGGCUCUGGCGCGCACCUUUUAUAGGUUGCUGCAGUGAAUUACUCAUACAAUGGGACACGGCUGCCAGGACGUUUGCUUGAUUAUGAUGAAAAUCAUGAUAUGGUAAGCACUGUCGCUGAUCUGAAGUCUAUGAGUUCGUUUAUGAUUAGACAAUUUCAUGUUGUAUAUGCUCCUGUAAAUCUGAAAUGUUGAUUGAUCCUUGAGGUGGCAUCUUAUUAUCUGAAUGAUAAGGAUAGAUUUGUCGAUUAAGCAAUUCCUUUCGCGUGUAUAGUGUAGAAUGUUUAAGAGUAACGUUGGUGAAUUCAUUUAUACAUGAAUACAUGAUUUUUUAAGUAAGUGAUUGUUGAUGUUAGGACAUAGAUAUGGCUCCUAUACGUUUUUCUCCUAGCCACUUGGAGUUUUGAGAAGUGACUGGAAUGUGCCCUGUUGGAUGAGGAUUAAUACUGCCUGUUUUCAAGAUUUUUUGUACCCCUUUUCGGACUAACCUAGGACAUUUCCUUCCUACUGUUGGCCUAACUUGACAAGUAACCAGAAUUCCAAUCGAUUAGAUUAUGAGUUGCCGCAGUUUAUGUGUAGCUGCGGUAAUCAGAUUUGUUCAGUCUUAUUAUUUUAGUAAUCUGCUAUCUCGUAUCAAUAUCGAGUGAAAUGCUCAUAUAAUUUAUGUUGAUAUAGAGAAAGUUGUAAUGGACAGAGUGGGUUGAAGAUGUGAAACAGAAGAUUAAUUGAGGUGGAGCAAAAAGAAAAAUAAUUGAUAAGGUCUUUGUUCCUUUUCAAAUGUAUCCAAAAUCUAGGACUAAUCUAGGCAAGUAUUAUAGAAUAUUAAAAACAGAGAUUUUGUUUAUGCCGAUCUGAUACAAGUGAGAACGAUGUUCUGCUCAUUCGGACUCGAGGAAGCUGAGUUAGAUUUUUCUAACAGUUUCAUAUCUUUUUUAAAGGCUUGACUGAGUUCUUUUGUGCCGGCAUAAAUGUUCAUUUAAAAGAAAAGAUAAUGACAUAAUUAUCUUUGUUUAAUCUCAGCGACAACUGGACAAGGGUUGUGUAUGGGGGCAAGUUUGAAGAUUAGAUACGACUAUCUCAAAGAGAUUUGCUUCAUUCUUAAGUUUUAUUUUAAGUACCCAAUUCUCAUGUCAUACUUGGAGUAUUUGAAGACUGAAUCUAGAUACUCAUUAUAAUUCUCUUUUUAAGUUGAUUUUGAGAUAUAACAUAUGUGUAUAAAGCAGUCAAAGCCAUCCCAUUUCUGGCCACCUCAUAUCCCUUUGAAAUCAUCUCUCUGCCACUCAGUAUCACCUCAUAUCCCGUGAAUAUUCAUCCAUGUCUUAACUUAAAACUACGCCUUAGUUUAAUCACCUUGUACUGAAUGAACCUUUAGCAUAUUGUAUGAAUGAGGAUCUCCUAGGUUUACUUCAUAUUGCAAUCUGUUUCUCUCAAGCCAGGAUGAGGUCAUAAUGUCGGAUAGGCUUUGGAAAAUCUGAUGCGAUAGGAUGAAUUUUGUUUUUUCACAAGUGGAGUUUUUACUUUUCAGAAAGAUGAAUGUUACUUAUGAACUUAUAAAUUAGAAGAUAUUCUUGGCAGAAUACUUCUCUACAGGAUCACCUAUUGAUAGAAUAUUGUCUUCUGCUCUUUACCGUGAGCAUUAUUUCAUUUCUUAACAUAAUUACAUUUAUCCUUCAUAUUACGACAAAGCUGACAUAAGAUGUUCUGUUGCUUCACUAGCAAGUUGCACAAAAAAAUUUCAUUUACUUAAACGUAUUAUAUGGGAACUUUUUUUAUGUAGUCAAAGCUCUAAUAACAUCCAAGUGCCUAGAUCAAACUAUCAAAGUAAGUGAGAAGACUUUUUAUUCAAGUUGCUGCAUAAAAUGAUAUAAAUGACCUAGUCCUAAUAGUCAUUUUCUAACUCAUGAUAUGGAGCUGCAUAGAAUACUAACUAUCAAGAACUCAUAAGUGGUAGGAAAUGAUCACUGCUAUUUAGCCGAAAAAGAUUAUAUAUAAGGAUAUAGACAUCCUCUCUGCCUUGUUAUCUAACCUCCAACUGUAUCUUAGAGGACAGAAUUAGCUGGCAGCCAUACCUUUUUGUCUUUUCCUAGACUAGAAGAAUGUCUCAUUCCCAUAGUUCUCUGAAGCUUUCAAUCUUGGACCUCUCCAAAACACCAAAUCCAUCUUCUUUGUCCUCUCUUUUGGAAGCCUGUAAAGAAUGGGGCUUCUUUCAGAUCAUAAAUCAUGGAAUAUCAGAAGAACUUUACAGCAAGUUAUCCUUGUUUUCAAGACAAAUUUGCAGCCUUCCUUCUGAGACAAAACUCAAGCUUGGUCCUUCGUCGUCUGUUAAGAGUUAUACUCCUCAGUUUAUAGCUUCUCCUUUUUAUGAGGGUCUCCGAGUUUUAGGUCCAGAUUUCUUUUCCUCUGCUGAAUGCUCUGGGAAAGUUCUUUUUGGCCCAAAGUGUAACGAAUUCAGUGAGGUGGUGCGAGAGUAUGGGGUCAAAAUGACCGAUUUAUCCAGGAGGAUUCUAGAGGCUAUAUUGAUGAGCUUGGGAGAUGGUUUCGAGAAAAAGUUCUACGGAACUGAAUUCGGGAAAUGUUUUGGCUAUCUAAGGAUUAUAAAUUACAGCCCUCCAGGACCAUCUCAGGAAGAAGUAGAAGGGCUUGGGAAGCACACAGACAUGUGCUGUAUGACAGUUCUGUAUCCUGAUGAUGUAAGCAGUCUUCAAGUAAGAUCAAAGGAGGGGAAGUGGAUGGAUAUAGAAACUCGCAAGGGUAGUCUUGUGGUAAACUUAGGCGAUAUGUUGGAAGCUUGGAGCAAUGGAAGUCUAAGGUCAUCUGAGCAUAGAGUCAUGUUAAGGAAACCAAGAAGUCGUUUGUCCUUGGCUUUCUUUUGGACUUUUGAAGAUGAGAAGCUGAUCUUUGCACCCGAGGAAGUGGUGGGAGAAGGGAACAAAAGGGCUUUCAAACCAUUCAUUUGCUCAGAUUAUAUCCAUUUCAGAGAGUUUGAUGAUAAAGAGAUGUAUGAGAAAGUGGGGAAUACUGUUAGAGAUUUCGCAGGGACAGGAGUUGACAUGUAAAUAAUCAUGAAUAAACCUGAAACCAUUCUUUAUAGUAAGAUCGGAAAGAAAAUACUUCGUAUUGCCUUUAAUGUACUACUGUUGAUUUUAUCAUAGUGUUAUCCUAACUGCGGUUCAUGAUUGGUUGCAUAUAAUUAUCCAACUGUUUUUUUCUGUUAUACAAGAGAAAGACAGACCACGACAAGGUAAGGUUUAGUUAAUAGGCGACUUGGAGGGCUUUGACUUUGUUGCUUGUUGUUGUGGGAACGAUGUAUACUUAUGCGUUGUACUUCCUUUCACAAUGAAAUAUACUUGUAUACAAGUAAUGGUUUGGUUUCCGUGCCCAA